AAAGACAUUAUCCAGAAAAACCUGACACUACCACAAAAUCACGACCAUUCUCUUCUGCUCUUUAACAUGGAGACUCUUCUAUCUCCUCGUUCUCUCUCCCCUCCUCUCUCAAAACCCAUUUCGAAUUCCUCGUCUUUCUCCAGACCCAUCUCUUACCAAUCUGCCAAGUUCGCUAAACCGGAAUCUCCACCUCCCACAAGCUUGUUAACCGAUGCCAAACAAGCAUGUGCAGUUGGGAAGAGGAGGAGGAGCAUGAUGAUGGGUGGACUGCUCAUGUCUGGUUUAACAAUGCUUUCAGAAGCCAAUCUUCCAACACCAGCAUUCGCUUUGACUCCAGUCUUCAGAGAGUACAUUGAUACAUUCGACGGAUACUCUUUCAAGUACCCUCAGAACUGGAUCCAAGUCCGAGGAGCUGGCGCUGACAUCUUCUUCAGAGACCCUAUCGUCCUCGACGAGAACCUCUCUGUCGAGUUCUCUUCGCCUUCUUCCUCCAAAUACAAGUCGCUCGAGGACUUGGGAUCACCUGAAGAAGCAGGGAAGAAAGUACUCAGACAGUACUUGACUGAGUUUAUGUCCACUAGACUCGGUGUCAAGCGGGAGUCCAACAUCCUUACAACUUCCUCCAGAGUUGCAGAUGAUGGUAAACUCUACUACCAAGUCGAGGUGAAUAUAAAGUCAUACGCAAACAACAACGAGCUGGCAGUGAUGCCGCAAGAUAGAGUGGCGCGUUUGGAAUGGGACAGGCGCUACCUGGCGGUUCUAGGAGUUGAGAACAAUAGACUCUACUCACUGAGACUCCAAACUCCUGAGAAAGUUUUCCUGGAAGAGGAGAAAGAUCUAAGAAGAGUCAUGGAAUCCUUCAGGGUCGAGAAGAUUUAGAGAGAGAGAGAAGCUCACGUUUCUUUUUUCUUAAAAGAAAAAGAAAAAGAUUGUUCUUCAUACCCAUUGUAUUAUUAUUUUUGGUAAUAUUGAAAGGCUUUAAGCUAAGCCAAAGGCUAAAGGCAGUUGUUGUAAUGCCUUGUCUACAAUUUUUGAUUCA